UCCGCGCCGCGUUUCGCGUGGUAGGGGAUCUGGACUUCCAGGCGCCGUGUUCUGCACUGGAGAAGCCAGCUCCGCGAUGCCCGCCCCAACGUGUGCCUCCUGCCAUGCAGCUCGCGCCGCCCUCCGGCGCCCGCGCUCCGGGCAGGCGCUGUGUGGUGCCUGCUUCUGCGCUGCCUUCGAGGCCGAGGUGCUGCACACAGUGCUCGCCGGCCGCCUGCUGCCGCGUGGUGCUGUGGUGGCCGUGGGCGCCUCGGGUGGCAAAGACUCCACCGUGCUUGCGCAUGUCCUACGCACGCUGGCACCUCAGCUAGACAUCUCGCUGCACCUUGUGGCCGUGGACGAGGGCAUCAGCGGCUACCGUGACGCAGCACUGGCAGCUGUGCGGCACCAGGCGGCACUCUGGGAGCUGCCACUCACUGUCGUGGCCUACGAAGACCUCUUCGGAGGCUGGACAAUGGAUGCGGUGGCCCGCAGUACAGCUGGCUCUGGCCGCAGUCGCUCCUGCUGCACCUUCUGCGGGGUGCUGCGUCGCCGAGCGCUGGAGGAAGGGGCGCGCCUCGUGGGAGCUACGCACAUCGUGACAGGCCACAACGCGGACGACAUGGCGGAGACGGUGCUCAUGAACUUCCUCCGGGGCGACGCGGGGCGGCUGGCCCGGGGCGGCGGGCUGGGCUCCCCGGGCGAGGGGGGCGCGCUGCCGCGCUGCCGGCCGCUGCAGCUGGCGUCGCAGAAGGAGGUGGUGCUGUACGCGCACUUCCGCCGCCUGCACUACUUCUCCGAGGAGUGCGUCUACGCGCCCGAGGCCUUCCGCGGCCACGCGCGCGACCUGCUCAAGCUCCUGGAGGCGGCGCGGCCGUCGGCGGUGCUGGACCUCGUGCACUCGGCCGAGCGCCUGGCGCUGGCCCCGGCCGCGAGGCCUCCGCGCCCCGGCGCCUGCUCGCGCUGCGGGGCGCUGGCCAGUCGCGCGCUCUGCCAGGCCUGCGCGCUCCUGGACGGCCUGAACCGCGGCCGGCCCCGCCUGGCCAUCGGCAAGGGCCGCCGCGGACUGGACGAGGAGGCGCCGCGGGGUGGGAGCGUCCCCGCCGCCAAGGCCGUCGCCGCCUUCUAGUGGCUCCUGGUCCGGCUGGGAUCCGGCGCCUGGGCGGGCGGGGCUGCCUGUAAAUAGCAUGGAAUAAAAUCGAGCUGCCUGUGCUUGGCCGUCCUCGUGGAGCAGGGAGGGAACGGAGUCCAGGAACCCUGUCGGAGCUGCGCUCCAGAAGCCUGGGGUCGGGGAGGGAGACCGAGCAACCUGCGUUCAGCACCCCUGGGGUUUGGGGGCCUCCUGCUGAGCGCCUCUGGGGGCUUCUGGCGAGCUCAGAUGCUCCCAAGCCUCCGAGAGAGUUCCGCCAUGAGAUAAGCAAAGUCAAGUUAAGUGACAGACAAGGGUCCCAGUCACCGUGAGGAUGCCUCCCUUCCAGUGCUAGCGACCCACAGGCGCCGCGCCAUCUCCUUCCAUCCCCACCUCCACCUGGAAGCGCUGCAAAUGGCCCAAGGUCACUCAGCUAGAAGAGCCCUAAACAGGCCCCUACCAGAGUUCUCCAAGAUUGAGGAUUGCCCUUCCCCACUCUGUCCUGGAUAAGGAGGGACAGGUGGGCUGCCCAAACUUGAGCUCUGAAUCUUUCGUUUCUUCCUCUGAAAAUGGAAACAACACCCCACCUCGACCCCUUCAAAGCACAGCGGGAGGAUAGGGAAGAUCAGAGGCUUCAGAGCUCAGUGAAUGGUGGCCAAUUUGGUUGUUCAUAUAACGUUUGGCCACCAGGGGGCUCCCGGAUCCCGGGGUGCAGGCGGGUGUGAGACCCUGAAGCUUCCUGGAGAGACAGUGGUGUUCUCAGUCCCAUCUCCCAGGGGCUCCUCAAAUGUCCCCUUUCCCACCGUCCUGCUCGGAUCCUUCAGGGUCCUCCUGGAAGUCUUCCCUGAUUUCUUCUCCCACCCCAUCCUGGGUAGAAGACACGUCUAACCCCAUCCUCUGAGCUUGGCUCUCCCUUCACCAAGUUAAACUGACCUGGGUGCACCCGCAGGAUACCCUGCCUCCUCUGAGGUUUCCCUGGGGUAAUCGGACAUGGGUUCGCUAUCCAUUGAACAAACAUGCCCUGAGCCCCGUGUCAGGCACUGCUCCGGGUGCCAGGGAUCUGCAGUGCAGGAGACUGGAGCCCUGCCUGGGGAAGUCCACAGUCAGGGAGAAGUGGACAGAUGGCAAAAAGUCAGGUACUAGUGUGUGCAACCACAAGAGAAAGCAGAAAGGACUGAGGCGAGAGGGAGGCAGGAAGAGCCGUUUUCCCUGGAGAUUUGAGUAGAAACCAGCAUAAAGCAAGAGUGAACCCUGAGGCUUCUUGGGGAGAAGCUCCCCAGGUGGAGCCAACCCGCGAAGCAAGAGCCCAGAGGUUAGAAUAAGCUUGGUGUAUCCAUCUUUGGUGGAUGAGGUGGGACAGUAGCCAGGGUGGGUCACACAUGGCCUCCAGAAGGAAGGACUUGUGCUUUAUUCUGAGGGUGAUGAUAAGUCUCUGGAGGGCUUCCCUCCUGGAAGUCUAUCCAAUUUCCAUUUUCUAAAAAUCACUCCAGCUGCUGUGAGAAUAAUGCAGCUAUAGGGGGCACAAGGUGAUCAAGGUCAGCGUCCAGGUUGACGCUUGUUUGCCAGGCCCGGGCCAACCAUUACUUCCUCCUUAGCUCAGUAGUGUGAGCAAUGGGUUUUUAUUCCUAGUUUUUGUUUUGUUUUUAUAAUUUUUAUUUGUUUUAAUUAGCUAUACAUGAUAUUUCUAGUUUUAUGGAGAAUAAACUUGUGGCCCAGAGAGGUGAAGUAACUUAUCUAAGGUCACACACCAGCAAAUCAGGAAAGGAGCAAGGGCUCUUGACCCUUUUGUUUUGCCACCUGUUGGAAGCCAGGGACCCUGGGUUCUUGUUGCAGAUGUGCCACUGAUUCACUGUGUGGUAGCCCUCCCUCCUCAGGAGUAGGUGGGUGCAUUGCUAGUAAGUGCACCUGGGAGCUUGGAAGAGCACUGGAGUUUGGUUGAGCGCUUGCUGGUUCUAUUAGCCCAAGCCUCUGCUGCCCGCCUAGAGGCCUUUGAAGACUGGAGAAAGGUGCUGUUCUCAGCUCUGGCCACCAGGAGUCACUGUGACCACACCUUGACCCCAAGGCAGGACUUGCCCUCCCCAGACCCCAGCUGGGCCCUCUCCAACCACCUCCCUCUGGCCUCCCAGCCAGGCACCCAGGACAGAGACCCAGCAGCAGAGCUUCUACUGCCCAUAGGAACAAUCAAAACCUUCUUUGACCUCAAGACUCCUGCAUUCAUUCUGGUAUUCAACAAAUACUGAUUGGGCCUGCCAUUUUUUAAAGGAGAAUGCAAUUUUACAGCAGUGAACAAAACAAAAUCCUGUUCUAGAGACACAGAAAAACAUGUAGCAUAUAUAGCAUGUCAGAUGGUGCCAGAUGUGGGGGUGGGGAGUGUGUCCUAUACAUGUAAGCCGGGUGGACAGGGGAGGCCUCAAGCGGAAGGUGGUAUAUCCUCAAAGACCUAGGUGAGGCAGAGAGCUCUGCAAACCUACAGGAAGUGUU